GGCUAAGAACGUGUACCGCGCGGCCGGCGUAAAGUGUGAACAACACAGAGGAAACUGUUCAGUUCGUAUUUCUUGGAAUCUGAACUUGAAGUUUUCUACGUUUCUGCGAGAAAAGUGCAUUAGAUAGUACACAGCUCGUUUUUUGCAAGAGCAAUGAUUCUUCAAGCUGGUGCAGCUUUCUUAAAAAGAAGCCCUGUAAGACUAUAUUCAGGAUUAAAAAAUGUUCACACUAACUGGCCAUAUCGGUUAAAUAGCUAUAUAUAUAAAGACUUGAAUAUUCUGCCGAGUGUUGGUGCUUCUAUUUUGAGGUUUUGCUCUACACAAUCUAUCAAAGAGGAGCAAAAAACUCUCAAAGGACAAGCUUACAAUGAACUUACCAUUGGUGUCCCAAGGGAAAUACAAUUCAAUGAGAAAAGAGUUGGCUUAACACCUGAUGCUGCAAAAUCCUUGAUAAAAUCUGGAUUUAAUAUUAUUGUUGAAGAUGGUGCAGGAAGUAAUGCACAGUUUAAAGAUUCUGACUAUGUUGAAGUGGGCAAAAUAAAACCUCUUCAAGAAUUGUAUAAGAAUUCUGAUAUUAUUAUUAAGGUGUGCCCUCCAUCAGUUCACCCAGAACAUGGAGUUCAUGAAUCUGAGCUAAUGAAGAGUGGCUCAACUCUCAUCAGUUUCUUAUAUCCUGCUCAAAACAGAGAUCUUUUGGAGAAAUUAUCACAACAACAGUUAACAUGUUUUGCGGUUGACUGUAUUCCACGUAUAAGUCGUGCUCAAGCUUUUGAUGCCCUAAGUUCAAUGGCAAAUAUUGCUGGUUAUAAAGCAGUCGUUGAGGCAGCCAAUCAUUUUGGACGAUUCUUUUCGGGACAGAUAACAGCUGCUGGCAAAGUUCCUCCUGCUAAGGUUCUUGUAAUAGGGGGUGGCGUGGCUGGUCUGUCUGCCAUCAUUAACGCGAAAGGUCUGGGGGCUAUAGUGAGGGCGUUCGACACUCGUGAAGCAGUCAAAGAACAAGUUCAGUCUGUUGGAGCAGAAUUCUUGGAAAUCAAGGGAAUAGAAGAGUCGGGCGAAGGUACGGGUGGAUAUGCAAAAGAAAUGUCACCUGAGUUCAUCAAAGCUGAGAUGGAAUUGUUUGCUAAACAAGCGAAAGAAGUUGAUAUUAUUAUUACAACUGCAUUGAUUCCUGGAAAGCCUGCUCCAAAGCUAAUUACUAAGGAAAUGGUUGAGUCAAUGAAACAAGGUUCAGUAAUUGUUGAUUUAGCAGCAGAAACAGGAGGAAACUGCGAGCUUACUAAGCCCGGGGACAGCUACAAUUAUAAAGGCGUACAAAUUAUUGGGUAUACAGAUUUACCCAGCCGUCUACCAACCCAAGCAAGUACAUUGUACGCGAACAACAUGACAAAAUACUUGUUGUCGAUGGGAGAGAAAGGCCAGUUUAACGUUGAUCUUGAAGAUGAAGUGGUUCGCGGUUCAAUCGUUCUUGAUAAAGGAAAAAUGAUGUGGCCACCACCUGCUCCAGUUACCCCUCCUGUUGCGGCGCCAGUACAGUCAGUGAAAGGAAAAGAUGUUGUUAAACCACCUGAAUUAAGUCCUUUUCAUGAGAAAUUAUACGAAACUGGUGGAGUAGCUGCUCUUUUGUCAAGUGUAAUUGGUCUUGGUUUUAUCUCUCCAAAUCCCUCCUUUGCGUCAAUGGUAACAACAUUUUCACUUGCUGGUGUGAUUGGUUAUAAAGUUGUGUGGGGUGUUACCCCUGCUUUACACUCGCCUCUUAUGUCUGUUACUAAUGCUGUGUCUGGUAUCACUGCUGCUGGUGGUCUUGUUAUGAUGGGGGGUGGAUUGCUACCAAAUAAUACAGCUACCACAUUGGCUGCUAUGGCUACGUUAAUAUCGUCCAUAAAUAUCUCUGGAGGAUUUAUUAUCACUAAACGGAUGUUAGACAUGUUCAAACGACCAGAUGAUCCUCCUGAGUACACAUAUUUGUACAGUAUACCUGGAUCUCUGUUGAUGGGAGGAUAUCUUUAUGGUAAUGCUAAAGGAUAUGGUGAUAUUCAUCAAAUGGCUUACCUUGCUUCUUCACUAUGCUGUAUUGGUGCUCUAGCUGGUCUUUCAAAUCAGAAAACUUCCAGAGUAGGGAAUGCUCUUGGAAUCAUCGGUGUAUCAACUGGAAUGGCUGCCACUAUUGGAUCAUUAAACGUUUCUCCUGAAAUUUUGGGUCAGAUGGCUGCAAUGUGUGGUGUUGGUGGUACUGCCGGAGCAAUCAUAGCGAGACGUAUUGCUGUCACAGAUCUUCCACAGUUGGUUGCUUUAUUCCAUAGUUUUGUGGGAUUAGCUGCUGUAAUGACGGCAUAUUCUAAAUAUUUAAUUGAUGUUGAUUUACUUGCUACUGAUCCUUCGGGGCAGGUUCACAAAGCUGCCAUAUUUGCUGGAACCUUUAUUGGUGGAAUAACAUUUACAGGAUCCCUGACUGCUUUUGGAAAAUUGCAAGGUUUACUUAAUUCCAAUCCUCUCUCACUACCAGGCAAGAAUGCCCUUAAUGUUGGCAUGGCAUUGGCUAAUGUUGGUGCCUUGGCAUAUUAUAUGAAUACUAAUGAUCUCACUCCGGGCAUGGCAACAUUAGGUGCAACUGGUGUAUUAUCAUCAUUAAUGGGUGUUCACAUGACAGCAUCUAUCGGCGGAGCAGACAUGCCAGUUGUUAUUACAGUAUUAAACAGUUAUAGUGGUUGGGCAUUAUGUGCUGAAGGUUUUAUGUUACAAAACGAUCUUCUUACAAUUGUUGGAGCUCUUGUUGGUUUUUCUGGAGGCAUUCUUUCUUACAUCAUGUGUAAAGCAAUGAAUAGAUCUUUAUCAAAUGUUUUGUUUGGUGGCUAUGGAACCCUAUCAACAGGUACGGGUGAGAAGAUGAAGAUUGAAGGAACUCAUACAGAGAUAAACACGGACGGUAGUGUAGAGUUGAUUCGCGAUGCUAAAGACAUAAUCAUAGUUCCUGGAUAUGGUCUAGCUGUGGCCAAGGCACAAUAUGCGAUUGCUGAUAUGGUCCAUAUUUUACGAAAGAAUGGAAAAAAUGUUCGUUUUGGAAUACAUCCAGUUGCUGGUCGUAUGCCUGGACAACUCAAUGUUCUUUUAGCGGAGGCAGGAGUACCCUACGACAUUGUUCUUGAAAUGGAUGAGAUAAAUGAUGAUUUUUCCGAGACCGAUUUGGUAAUGGUCAUUGGUGCAAAUGACACAAUCAACUCUGCAGCACAAGAUGAUCCGAACUCUAUUAUCGCUGGAAUGCCAGUCCUAGAAGUAUGGAAUUCAAAAAAUGUAAUUGUAAUGAAGAGAACAUUGGGCACUGGCUAUGCUGAUGUUGACAAUCCUGUGUUUUAUAAACCAAACACAUCCAUGUUGUUGGGAGAUGCAAAAUCAACGUGUGAUAAUCUUUAUAGUCUUGUACAAUCUAUUUAUAAGUGAAACUAAGCAUGAAAUUCCAUAGAGAUAUAUUUUCACUAAUAUCUACAUGUACUGCUUUCAUAGCAUUAAACGUGUUGGUUUUUGUGUGACCAUUUUAUAACUGUCAUUAUAGGAGGUGUGAACUAUGUGGAAUUUUUAAUGAAACUUUUAAUACUGCAUUUUGAAA